GCCAGCGAUGGCGGCCAGGGGCUUGCUGGCCCCCACGGGGCUGCUGUGGCUCUGCCUGGCCCCGGCAGCGCUGCUGAGGCUGCACCAGCCCCAGCCCGUCCUGACUGUGGAGAACGGGGAUGCGGUGGAGAUCGUCUGCGAGGCCAGCGAGGCCAUGGAGCAUGAAGCCAAUGUGUUCUGGUACCAGCGUGAUGGCAGGGAUGGGCCCAAACUGCUCCUGGAUUGCGAGAGCAGGAAUAAGAGCAGAUUCUCCUGCGAGUUCAAGAGGCACAGUGCCAGUGCCACACUUCACAUUGACCAUGCCCGCCCCAACGACACCGGGCUCUACCUGUGUGCCUACAAAAAAUUCUCGUACCUGCAUUUCGGCAACGGCACCACGCUGCUGGUGGGAGACAGCUGGAUGGGCAGGAGCUGGGUGAUGGUGCUGGCGCCCCGUGGGGCUCCCCAGGGCCCCCCCGGCCCCGUCUGUGCCGUGGGUGACACCGCCGGCCCUGUCCUCGUCUCCUGGCCGGGGGGGCCCGGGAGGGUGCUGGGGCUGGGGGGCGGCACGAGGCUGCUCGUCAUCCCCAUGGGCACGGAAACGGGAACCGGGGAGCUCUGCCAAAUGCGAUUCAACGCCUCGGGGCCCCCCAUCCAGAGGAGCGUGGAGCUGUUCAGGGCUGCGGGCAGCUUCACGACGCUCAACACCUCGGUCCUCGCCGGGAUCAUGGUGGUGCUGCUGCUGCUCAACAUCUGCCUUGCCAUCCGAUGUCCCCCACUGUCCCCCGCUCUCCUGUCCAUCACACUGUCACCCCUCCAUCCCCGAUCCCCCUCCAUCCCUGAUCCCUCUCCAUCCCUGAUCCCCCUCCGCCACCAGCCUGGGACCACAGAGCCGCCUGCGCCACGGGAGGAUGAGGAAGAGCUGCAGUACGCCCAGCUGAGGUUCGCUGCCCCAGCCAGGCGCACGCCCUGA